UUCAACAAUUAUGGCUACAAAAUCAAAAACACCAAAUCAGAUUUCAUUUCUAGCACGUUCAUUCUAUCGUCGAUUAUGGAGAGCGGGUGGAGCUUCAGUUUUAUAUUCACGUCCAGCAGUUAAAUAUGUACAUCAAAGAAUUCGUGAAGGAUUUGAAGAGUAUCGACAUGAAGUUGAUCAAAGAAUUUUGAAUGAUCUUUUUGAACGUGAAUUUUUAAAAACAUCAAGUCGCAGAAAAGGUCUUGAACAUAGAAUUGUAUAUACUUUAUGUCAGAUGACAUAUAUCGAAAAUGAAUAUAAAAAAAGACCUCCAUAUCAUAGCAAAAGAUUAAAGCCGGCAUUAUGGAUCUAUCAUCAGCAAAGUUAUGAUGAAUAUUAUAGAACUUUAACAAUGAUGAAUGACAGUUUGAAAUUAUGUUUAAGAUAA